UCUGUCAAAUGUAGCGUUUGGGUUUGUUUUCAAUCGAAUUUGCUUUGUUUGAAUGAACUGAAAAUUCGAAGGAGAAGAAAAUCUUGAAUAAAAAAAAAUUUGAUGAAAAAAAUUGAUUUUUAAUUGAGUUCGAACUGAUGAGCUGAGUUUGAUGUUAACAAUGCAGCUGCUUAAGAGUCUAUAUGCAAUGCAUAACGUAUUUUCAUGCCAUUCAGUUUGGAAUUUAAAAAUGAAAUGAAGCGCAUAUUUAUACGGUGCUGCCAUCACAUACGCAUUAAACAGAAAAAAAAACGACAAAGAUGUCGACGUUUUUUGGCAUGUCAAGCAGAGCAGUAUAGUAGCAGUAGAGCAGCAGCAAAACAUAUUAACUUAAAUUAAGCGAAAUUGAUUUUAUCCGUGAAAACAAAACACGAAGCGAAAAAAACCCAACAAAAUUGAUUGCAAAAAAGCUGUUGCCAUACCAUCGUGCCAGGCUUAUGCAUUUAAUCGGAGUAUUGAAGGAACGCUUUGGCUAAAGCAGAUAGUGAAGCGACCGACCAUCAGCAGCAGCAUCAUCAUCAUCACAACAAACGGAAUAUUCUGUGGAAAUCUCAUCGCGAUAAAUAGAAGAAAAAAACACCGACGGCGGCAACGACGACGGCAACAACGACAACAACAACGACGUCGUGCGUUUCACACACAACAAACGCAUAAACACACACACACGCGCGCGAUUUAUUCCCAUCAUCAGUUGUUUGCCAGAGAGUGAGUGAGUGAGCGAAAGCGCGCGCUUGAGUUGAUUGGUUGGCCGAAUGAAAGACUCUAAAUGGUUGGUGGUAACGUUGGUGUCAUGAUGGAAAAAACCGGUGGUGAUAAAUUGCUGGCAAAAAAUAGUCAACAAUCGGAUUUGUACAAUUAUAAUUUGGAUCAUGUGUAUUGUUCGGAUGGUAAUUCGCGGUAUCGUACAACGACCACGGCUGGUGCGACACAUUUAAAUUUAGCGGCCGCUGCUGCCGAUCUGAAAUCGUUACGCAAAGAGAAUAAACAAUUGCAAGCCAUGCUACUGUUGCAUCUGGAUUUGAUACAAGAGCAAAGCAAUCAGCUAAUAGCCAAAGAUAAACAAUUGUUACAGUUGCGUGAAGAGAAUGCCCAGCUUCGGUUGAAAUGUGAACGAACGUCAUCGGUGGCGGCGGUGACAACGACGACAUCGACGACGACGGCGGCAGCGGCUGAACGACGACAAAAUAACAAUCGAUACACAGUGUCACAACAUUCAAGUGUUGGUAGUAAAUUGUUGAAUACAAGUGGCGGUAGUCCAACUAUUGAUUCGUAUUUCACCACAGCCGCUGAAUCAAAAGUGUCAACAAAUCGAUUACAACAACAACAACCACAUCACGAUGGCAAAUUCAAGCAAAAUUUCAUCACAAUCAAUCAAAAUGCCCUGAUCAAUAGUAAUAGUAGUGAUGAAAAUCAAGCAAUCAAUGAAAUUCGUAAUCCAAAUCAAAUGACAAUUCCAAUCAAAGUGGAAGUGAACACAACAACCAUCGACGACCCGCAAUCGCAAUCAAUGAAAGUGAUGAAUGUGUUUAGUGAUACAAUGACGACGACGACGACGACGACCGCGGCAACGUUGGCAAUGGCAAAAGAUCAACGCUUUAAAUCACAUUCAAGAGCCCAUAUUUUAACACCGACCACCAUCACCGCCGGCCAUGAUAAACCCAUCACAACGGUCAAAUACCGAACGGUUGACAACAGUAUCAUUGGCAAUAACAACGGUAAACUCAUCAGUAAAAUUAUACUACAACGAAAAAAGUCGGAAAAUGGUGAGAAAAUCUUUGUGCGUACCAAAAAUAUUGACCUAGGCAACAAUAAAGUGAGUUAUGAAAAGUGGAGCCCAUUGCGGCAAAUCAAAAAUGAAGUGAUCGAAUGUAGUGAAAUGGAAGCGGAAUCAAUCGUUUUAGAAGCGACAGCAACAGCAACAGCAAAUACAACCACAAAAAUUGAAUCAAUAGCAUCACCGACAUCAAAUACAAUGGCUGCGAUACACGACGAUGGCAACAGUUCGGAUGCAAUGGAAGCGAGCUAUUUAACAACAACAUCAGCUGAUAUGAGUCCACCGCCAUCUGUCAAAACAACGCCAACCACGAUAAUUGACAAUUCCGAUUUGUCCACCGAUUGUCCCAUUGAUAACAUCAAAAUCGAACAAGAGCUGGAUGAUGAUAUGCAAGAUGAGGAUGAAGAUGAAGACGAUGAACAUUUACCCGAUUCACCAGUGUACGAUCCAAAUAGCACGUUAGACGAUUCACAAGACACAUUAAAUGUCGAAUCAUCGCUAACGAGCGAUUUGCCACCGUUGUUAACUGCAUCAGCCACAAAUCCCAGCAGUCCCAUCACAUCAACGGUGUCAACGAGUGAUUUUAAUCAAAGUGAAAUUUGCAUGGACACCAAUUCAAUGACAAUGAGCACAACGAUGGCCACAACAACAACGGCCGGUUCAACGAUUUUGUAUCCACUUUCGCGCCGUCACAUCAAUCGUAAUGCCUUUCUCACCACAAAAAAACCCUACAAAAUACGAGAAUGGCAACUGGACGAAAUCGAAGCGGAGCUCAAGCAAGAAAUCACGGAUGAGGUGUGCAAAGAGGAGAAUGAAGCAAAUUUGGAGUUGCCCAAGUGGCGAACAUGGGAGAUGAGCAGUAAUCGAGAGGCGCCGGUACGUGAAUGGGAAGAUUUAAGUGAUGAUACAUUUGUGAGGCGUCAUGCGAGAUUUUUGCUUGAUGAAAGAAAGCGUAAAAAAUGGGACGUACAGCGAAUACGUGAACAACGGACCAUUGAACGGCUUAAAAGAAGGCAUUGCAAAGAUGAGCUGCAGAACCAACAGAAGGAUUUCAAUGAAGUGGUCACAACAUUUUUCCCAACGGUUGAUCAAUUAAAAUCGAUACACAUUACCGACGAUUUGCCGGUAUCAGCAUUCGGCGAAUCGAUACCAGCCCUACCGCCCGCUGAAUUCUCAUUGCCAUGGCAAAUCGGCCAAUCACUGGACUCAAUUCCAAAAUCAAGUGAAUUUCUUAACGCACCCGCCAUCACCGCCAAUCCCAUUAAUUCGCGGUCCAAUAGCAUUUGCAGUAGUGCUAGCAUCAACGAACCACCGACGCCAUCGAAUGUAUCAUCCAUCAUUUUUUUGGCAACGAAAAAACGCGCCGGUCGCACGAGAACAUCCACCAUCACAUCCGCCUCAUACACACUACCGCAAAACUCAAAAACGAGCACAACAUGAAGCUUUGGCAUCACCAUUGCCGUUAUAUGGUCGUUUCGCAUGUGUCCUGUACAGAUUUAAGCAUCAUUCGCAUUAAAUGUUUAGUCUCGAUCUCGCCGUUUGCGCCACAAAAAAAAAACCCCUCAAACAAUUAACACGCAUAAUUUUCCUGGUGCGUACGCAUGCAAGUGGCGCAGGCGAGCCGAGAAAAAAGCAAAAGUAGAUACAUUGAAGAGAAACCAAGAGCCUUUUCAUGAAAAAAAAAAACAAAACAAAACAAAAAACAAAAUGCAUAACUUAUAUAUGGGUUUUUAGUCAAUUUAAAUCAUAAUUAAUUUUAGAUACACAAAACAUUGUCCAUUACUCUUAUCUUUUUUCUUUCUUUCUUUUUUGAAAAACAAACUCAUCAGCCAUUAAAUUCAAAAGUCACGCAAAAUACCUUUUUUAUACAAUUUGCACAACAUUUAGUUAAUUUAUGUGUUUUUUUUUUCGUGCGCAUUCUCGGUUAUAAGGCUUAUUUUUCCUGUGUUUAUAAUUUCUUCUUUGCAUUUGUGAUGCAUUUUUUUUUGGUUUGAACCGCUUGACAUUGUUGGAAUAUGCCAGAAUGGAAAUAGUACGUUUUUUUUUGUGUCGCUUCGAUAGACUCCAGUCAAUGAACUCUGUGUAUAGCUGAAAUAGUGUUAAGUCAUUGGAUGUUCAAAGUUCAAUGUUCUGCAUCAGAAAAUUUAUCGAUAAAAUUUUGUAAUAGACGAAUUUGUUUCAAUUUACAAAUCAAUUCCAUAGAAAAUUUCCAAAAUGAGAAGUUUUUCAAUUGAAAAAUUGAUUUCCAAGUAGAAAUUUUCCCAAUCAAACAAAAUAUUUUCUCAAAAAGUCUCACAAAUUCGUUUCUAAAAUGAACCAAUCCAAAAUCAAAAUUAUGUAAAUGUCAUUUCUUUUUGUUGUUCAAUGUUUGAUCCAUUUUUGUUUGUUUCCGCUUCGAUGUUUAUUUCCCUCUUAAUUUCGCAUCCUCGAAAAUUUGUAUAAAAAGAAUGUCAACAUUUGUAGAAAGAAUGAAAAAAAGAAAUGUUUUCCUCCCAGAAGAAAAAAAUUCACAGAAUUUUUCUAAACAAAUUUACCUAUACUGAGAUUAAAUUUUACUAUUUUAUCAUUGAAAUGAAUUCAUUCGAGAACACCAAACAGAAAGAAAAAUUGUAACGAAAAAUUCGAUUCGCGUUUUUUAGUCUUAAGAAGUUGCGAUUAAUUCAGAAACAGAAGAGAAAUGAAGCAAAAAAAUGAUGAAUGUUACGAAAUUUCAGCUUAGUUUGACGUAAGCCGGUGAUAUACGUGGAAAAUUCAAAGAAGAUUAACUAAAAUAAACAAAUAACGAAUUGGAAUUCGAACAAA